AUGGAGAGAGUAGUAUAUAGAUGGAACACAGCAGAGACUGCUGGUCAUCUUUGGCCAACAAACCCAAAAUUGAUAUUAAUCCCUUAUUCAGCCCUGCAAAGUUUUGAGCUCAAAGAGAUCCUCUCGAUCUUUGGCUACAAAUCCCAACUUGAUGACCUCCAACGCACUGUCUCUACCAUCAACGCUGUAUUCCGUGAUGCUGAGACCAAACAGGAGCUCACUCAUGAAGCACAGCAUUGGCUCGAGGAACUCAAGGAUGCUGUCUUUGAAGCAGAUGAUCUGUUCGACGAGUUUGUCACUCUUGCCGAGCAGAAGCAACUUGUAGAGGCUGGUGGCAGUCUUUCCAAAAAGAUGCGCCAAUUCUUUUCUGAUUCCAACCCCCUUGGCAUCGCUUAUAGGAUGUCACGAGGGGUUAAGAAGAUCAAGAAGAAGUUGGAUGCUAUCGCUUACAAUCAUCAAUUUAGCUUUAAGAUUGAUCUUGAGCCUAUAAAAGAGAGAAGGCUCGAGACUGGUUCUGUCGUGAACGCAGGUGAUAUCAUUGGAAGAGAGGAUGACUUGGAGAAGAUCGUAGGUUUGUUGCUUGAUUCUAACAUCCAGCGUGAUGUGUCUUUCCUUACUAUAGUGGGAAUGGGAGGGUUGGAUCAAAAGCAACUAGAUGUGAAAGAAAUUUUGGGUAAGAUUCUGUCUACAGCUACUGGUAAGAAUCACGAGGGUUCAACCAUGGAUCAGGUGCAAACCCAACUACGGGAACAACUAUGUGGCAAGAGAUACUUGCUUGUUUUGGAUGAUGUAUGGAAUGAGAAUCCUAAUCAAUUGCGUGAUCUGGUAGAAUUCUUCAUGGGAGGUCAAAGGGGAAAUUGGAUUGUGGUAACUACGCGUUCGCACGAGACAACGAGAAUUAUAAGAGAUGGUCCAUUGCACAAGCUGCAAGUCGACAAAUGUGCUCGAAACCCUCUGGCUAUAAGAGUGGUAGGAAGUCUUUUGUGUGGUCAAGACAAGAGUAAGUGGCUUUCAUUUCAUGAGAUAUGUUUAGCCAACAUUAGAAAGAGCCAUAAUGAUAUCAUGCCAAUACUGAACCUAAGUUACCAUCAUCUUGAACCUCCAAUCAGGAGAUGCUUUAGUUAUUGUGCAGUGUUUCCAAAGGAUUUCCUUAUAGGGAAGAAGACGUUGAUAAACCUUUGGAUGGCACAAGGUUAUAUUGUUCCAUUAGACAAAGAUCAAAGCAUAGAUGAUGCUAGUGAGGAAUACAUAUCAAUUUUGCUGCAGAGAUGUUUUUUCGAAAACAUCGGAACAGAAAAAGAUGAUGUUAUUAAGAUACAUGAUCUCAUGCAUGAUAUUGCUCAAAAUGUCAUGGGGAAGGAGCUUUGUACGACAAAAAACAUUAGUGGCAGCUUGGAUAAAAAUGUUCGCCAUCUAUCUCUUGCCAGAACUAGUUUUGCAAGAUACUCUUUCAAUGCAACUCAUAUUCGCUCCCAUUUCUAUGCUGGCUACUGGUGUCAGGAUGCUGAGAUAAACCAGUUUUCAGUUGAGGCAUUAGUACCAAACUGUUUGUGCCUAAGGGCAUUGGACCUGGCUUGGUCGAAGAUAAAAAGUGUACCAGACUCGAUUGGUGGAUUGUUGCAUUUGAGGUACUUAGAUCUUUCGUAUAACGAAGAUUUGGAAGUACUUCCGAACUCAAUUGCCAAACUAUAUAAUCUGCAAACCUUACAAUUGAAGGGUUGCAAGAGAUUGGAAGGGUUACCAAAACAUUUGAGCAGGCUGGUUAAGCUUCAAACUUUAGAUAUAUAUGGUUGCAACAAUGUAACUUAUAUGCCCAAAGGCAUGGGUAAGAUGACUUGCCUUCACACUCUCAGUAAGUUUAUAGUGGGUGGAGAAGGGAAUUGUUCAAGUUGGAAGCAAUGGUUUGAUGGGCUGGAAGAUCUAAAGGCUCUCAACAACCUAAAGGGUCAUCUGGAAAUCCAAAUCAGGUGGCCCGAAAAUACUACAGAUGCUGUCAAGGAAGAUGUUAAGAGGGAAGGAUUAUACCUGAAUCAUAAGGAACAUCUCAAUCACAUUGUGGUUGAUUUCAGAUGUGAGGAGGGUGGUGGAAGAAUGGAUGAUGAGGAAGCAAGAAGAUUGAUGGAAGUGCUGCGGCCACAUCCUUAUCUUGAAAAUUUGGCUGUGAAAGCAUACUAUGGUGCGAAAAUGCCUGUGCCUUCCAUGCCUGGGAAACUUGGAUUGUCUGAAAGUCCUCCGGCUUUCGCAUUUGGCAAAAUUGGAGUAUAUUGA